AAGGUUGAGCUUGAAUGAGAAUGUCCGGAGUACGUACCUCUAGAUAGCCGGGAAAAUAUCGGUGACGUAAAGGUCUUGGCGCCAGCUAUCCUUAACAAUUUCUAGGGAAACUAUACUUUUUUCAUGUACCUGCAUUAAAGCUUCUUCUGUCUACCUACAAUAACCGAACCAAUAUCUACAUGCCAUCUUAAAUUACAAUUCAUUGUUUUACUAAUGCUUUCCCGGUAGCACUGCUGUCCAAGCUAGCUUGCCUACCGGUAGCUAGCUAGGGUAUGCGUCCACAACCAUGCGCGAGUUCAUGGACUACAUCCAAUCGGCCUUCUACGCCGCCACGGGUUGGAAUCGCGACAAUAGCUACUCCUCGCUCAACGCUACGUCCGAUGCCCUUCUUAACUUCCCAACCCCUCGCGGCCUUCGACUUACCUUAUCCUCACUUGCGACACCGCAGUUCGCGACUUCGUACCAGCUCGGCACUGUAGGGAUUGUGGAUGGCUCAAUAUCGUAUUUGUACUCGACAGUACCUCUCAAUAAUGCCAUCGCACAAAGCGAUAAGAUGCCUCUACCUGACCUCUUAAGGAGCUACCGCCCACUUACCGAGUUACCUGAUCGAACUGGGGAGGAGCAAGAAGGAUGUUUGAAAAAGGAUGGGCUUGGAUACGGGAGGCUCUACCUCCCUGCGUCAAUGCUGGAGGCAUUGGUGGUUAGACGAAUAUCGCCUGCACUGCAAUUGCAGCUCAGCGCUGUAUCCGGCCAGGCGUUGAGAAAUGGAGGUACCAUAUUGGGAAUGGCGCAAUAUGACGAAGGCCGCUAUGCGGUGGAGGGUCUUGCAUCGACCGACGGUGGCUUGCUUGGAGUUCGCGGGUUGUAUAAUUUCGGCGGCGAUGUUAGUCAUUUGAAUGCGCCGGCUCCAUUGGCGGCUGUGAAUGGGAACGGAGGAGGGAACGGUGAACGAGAACGUAUCUACGGCAGAUUCAGCACUGGUGGGGAGCUUUAUUAUGGGACACUGAAUAAAUCUGGUGGGAUGAGUCUCGGAGUACGAUUUGCGACAUUACCUACACACAAUGGCACUCCCCUCACAGCAACGAUGACCCUCAAUCCAUUAAUGGGAACUAUUAGUUGGAGCUACGCGGUUAUGGCUGGCAACUAUUGUUCUCUUGCAUCAAGAAUGGAUUUCAAUGUCUACAGUUAUGAGAGCGACUGGGCCGUGGGCAUGGAACUAUGGAGGAAAAAGGGCGCUUGGUCUAUCGACAGAGAAUUAGAGGAAGCGGAACCAUUGCCAUCACCAAUAAGCGCUACACCAGAAAGGAGUUUCCAAGCGAAAAUGGAAUGGCGAUUGGAUGAACCCCUCUCAACCCCAGACACAGCUGAAAUCCUACCACCUCCGGAAACAGUAGUCCAACCAAAGAAGAAAGAAAGAAGUUUCCAAGCCAAAAUGGAGUGGAGGCUGGAUGAUCCAGAGGUGGAACCCAAGACGGAACCAAACGCCAAUCAAGAAGAUGAUGAGUACUCAGGUGUUUUGAAGGCGCGCCUAGACCAGCAUCUACGAGUCGGCCUGUUGUGGGAAGGCCGAGUCAAGUCCUUGCUUUUUAGUCUUGGCAGCAGCGUUGAUCUACGCCGACCCGAAUCCCCCUUUCGAACACUUGGAAUGGAAGUACAGUUUUCAUCAUAAAGAUACCUAUUAAUUGGCCAAGUCUUGAAUUUUGCCUGUGGCUUUUAUGCCGGAUAACCGGUACGCAUAUUCCUGGUGUUCGUUGUGCGACCUAGCCUGGCGAUGCUAUUGAACAACCAGAAAUUGGUGACACGGUCCUAAUAAAUACUGUAACGGUGGCGUAGUCCGGACGAGCCAGUCACAGCUAGGCAUUGAAAUCGCCGCGUACGAACAAAA